AUGCCCCAACAAACCUGGCUCAUAACCGGCUCAUCAUCCGGCCUAGGAGCCGUCCUCGCCGAAACCGUCCUCCGCGCAGGCCACCACGUCCUCGCAACAGCACGCAACCCAUCCAAAGCCGCAAUCGAAUACCCGCAGAUCAGCGAACUCGGCGGUACAUGGAUAGAACUCGACGUGACUCGCCCCGACACCAGCGAGCGGGUAAGUAAAGCAAUACAAACCCACUUCAACGGCGCCAUCGACGUCGUUGUCAAUAAUGCCGGAUACUCGCUGCUUGGCAGUAUCGAGGAUAUGAGCGAAGAGGAGAUGCAGAUGCAAUUCAGCACGAAUGUUUUCGGUCCUGUGAGGGUGCUGAAGGGUGUUUUACCUUUUAUGCGGAAGGCCAGGUCUGGGACUGUGGUUAAUGUGGGGAGUAUUGCUGGUAUUGAUGGGUUGCCUUGUUGUGCUCUGUAUGCUGGGUCGAAAUUUGCGCUUGAAGGAAUGUCAGAGAGUCUUUCCAAAGAGCUCAAGCCCUUCAACAUCAGGGUUCUUAUUGUCGAACCGGGCCAAUUUCGAACGAAGUUUCUCUCUUCAUUCGCAACGCCUGCGGCUGGGUUGAGAGACGAUUACAUCGGGACUCCUGUUGAUGUGACAUUGCAGGCAUUCAAGGCUCACGACGGGGUCCAGCAAGGUGAUCCUGCGAAAGCUGUGUCGAGGAUUCUCGAAGUUGUCACUGGAACUGGAAUGGGUGCUGGGAAGGAAGAUCUUCAGCGAUUGAUACUUGGUCCGGAUUGCUAUGCGCGAUUCCAGUCCAAAGUCAGCUCGUUGCUUGAGAAUUUGCAUCAGAUGAAGGAGAUUUCUCAUUCGACUAGCUUUUGA